CCGCGAUUAACGCUGGAGACCGAGUAAGUAUCAAGUAACCUAGUAACCUCUCGCCAGGACGGUGGCACAUACUAAUACAACACCUUCACAGAGUGUCGCAGUGCGUUACCGACAUCAUACUCUUGGUCUCGAAGUCACGCCCGAGACGACUGCAGAUGACAUGAUAUUCCAAACCUCGGAGAAGAUGGGUUCUAACGAUAUCGACCCGUCAACUUAUGUAGUUGUAGAGACGUACGGUGUAUUGGGACUCGAGCGUCGUCUACGACGUUAUGAGCAUAUCCGAGAUGUCAUGAAUUCUUGGGAUCGGGAUACUCAAAACCAACUAACAGUUACGGUGCUCGGUUCCGAGCAAGAGAAUUUGGAACUCGAUCUCGAUUUCGUUUUGGAUCAGAAUGAGCCACCUCAAGGUUUCCAAUUGUACAUGUACCACUCGAAUCGCUCCGGGAAAUGGAAUAAGAGGUGGAUCACACUUCUUGCCAACGGACAGAUCCUAUGUGCGAAAAAGCCAAACGCCGGUUCGGCGGAAAAGGACACUGUAAGUCUUUGUCGCUUGUCUGACUACGACAUCUAUGCACCCACAGAGUCGCAGAUGCGAAGGCAUAUCAAGCCCCCCAAACGAUACUGCUUCGCGGUCAAGAGUCAACAGAAGACCACGGUUUUCAUGAAUACCGAGAAUUAUGUCCAGUAUUUCUGUACGGAAGAUCCGAAAGUCAUGGCCCAGUUUCGAGAAAAGGUUCAGGGUUGGCGCAGUCGGUACUUGGCAGAUCAUCGACCGAAGCCCACGAAGAUGCCGCGAAAUAUCUCGAUUCGAAAGACGGAUGAGAAGCCGCCCCAAAUCUCGCUACCUAACAUCACACCCUCGCCAAAGAAGUCGGUAAACGUCGCUUCGAUGAACGGCCAUCGUCUUCGAAUAUCGGUCGAUGAGACGCCAUAUGCGAUCGGGCAAUUCGAGCCGCUCCUCGAUAUGAAGCGUUUCGACAAACGGCUAUCUCAGUUUGGGCAAGAUUUCUUACCACCGGUGCCAGACGUGUCAACUAUGCCGAAGAAAAUUCCGGCACAGCAUCUCAAUUCUGGGGGCAAAGCUGAAGGUGAGGGUAAGAGUGAUCGAAAGUUGAUUGACAGCAUCAAGUCUGUGACCAAUGACGGCUUUACCGGCGGUGGUCUUCUCGGCGAGGGGUAUGAAGGACGCAGGCACACUCAGGCCGAAGUAGAAAGACCAGAUCGCGGACGGCAAAGAUCUAGAGAUGAUGGAUUUACCAGCGGACCUUCUCUCCUAAACAGUAAGAAUGAGCCGAAAACGCCAACCCAUGAUCCCAACUCUCCUUCCUGGUUCCCGUCGGCUCUGGAGCACUCUGCCAGGAAACGUAGUAUUAGUUCUACCGCCCGGCCGAGCACAUCAGCAGGUGUAAUGCAUUCUCACAACUCAUCAUCUCGACCUCCACCGCCACCUAUAAACAGCAAACAUCUAACCAUGGGCCAUGAGCAUCCACAUCCGCUAAACUCGCAACCGAUAGGCAUGUCACACUCGAACCGGCGCGAUCGACCGAAGCCUUUAGUCAAUCUAGAGUCCUCAUUCCAAGAAGCGCCACAAUGGGCAAAGAAAAAGACAGGCCACGGAGUCAAAGCCCCCGAAGGCACUACGCAUCUAAUUGAUCUAAUCACGAUCCCGGAUUCCAUCCAAGCUAAUGAGGUCGAAAUCCCACCGCGCAGCGCCCUACGCCGUCCUCCGAACACAGCGCCGCUGCCAAGUCUUUCCCGGACACGGAGUAAGACACAAGGUGCGCCACCUCCUAGAACGUCGGAUGACGUAGGUGUUCCGCCCGUUCCCUCGUUGCCUCCCUUUCCCGCAUCACCUCUACGGUCGCACCCACCAAUGCGAAUUAGAGACAAGGAGCGGGAAAGAGAACGGGGCAGAGCAAAAGAUCGCGAAUACAGUGCCUACAGCUCGGUGCCAGGCAGGACAGGAACGUUGAAGGUGGUGUAAUAUUUCAUAUUAUUACAUGAUCUAAUUACUAAUUCUGUGCGGAUUAUCGCCUAUUUUCUUUGUAUUGGAGUCGGGUGGAGAAUCUAUCAUUUUGGUUUCCACUGACCAACUUCUCAUCAUUUCAUUGGUAAAGCGGCGGAGUUUAGGGGCCGGGGUGCAUUAUCUAUCAGAGAGAGAGUGAAAGAGCGAGCGAAGGAACUCUCAAUGGGAUAUGUGUUUUGCAUAUUGGAGCGGGACGGGUGGGAUGGGGUCUACGAUGGGAUAUGGAGAUGUUUGCAUAGCAGCGUUUGCAUGGUGAUAUUAAAUAAGGGGGGGCGGACGAUGCCUUUGCCUAUCUACUAACUACUAACUACUAACUUUUAACUACUAUUACUGUUACUA